GCCACUUCCGUUUCCGAGAGGUAAGAAGCCGCAACAUCAACAUCCCCAGACGGUUUCAGUUAAAAACCACCAACAUUGAGAUCGGAGGAUGUCGGGGCUGAAGCGUCCCGCGGACCCCAGCGGAGCCUCGUCCUCCGGCGGCCCGCCGGAGAAGCGCAGGGAGCGGGACGGAGAGGACGGGGGGCCCGGGGUCAGCGCUGGAGGCAGCACCGCCGUGGAGACGGUCAUCAAGCUGGGAGGGGUGUCCAACUCUGAAGAACAAGACAUCAAAGCUCUCCAAGCCAAGAACCGAAAGUUGGGAGAAUCUCUUGAUCAAAGACAGGUUAUUGAAGAUGAGCUGCGAGAGCGAAUUGAACGACUGGAGACCCGUCAGGCAACGGAUGAUGCCAGUCUGCUGAUCCUCAACAGAUACUGGAACCAGUGUGAUGAAAAUAUUCAAUUGAUGAUCAGACGUUAUGACGACGUGAGCGGCGAGCCAGAGAAGUCGCCAUCAGGGGAGGGGCGGAGCCUGAAGCCUGAAACUCCAGAACCUGAUGGUGACUCCAACCAGGAAAGGGCCAAAGAGAGAGGUACCAUGGGAGAGGCUGCCAACUCCUUCCUGGCUACACUGGCGAGCAGCACCAGUGAGGAGAUGGAGGCAGAGCUCCAGGAGAGAGUGGAGUCCAGCCAGAAGCAGGCCAGCCGCGUCGUGGAGAUUUACGAGCGUCUAAAGAGUACCGUGGACCAGCUCCAGACAGAGUUGGACGCUGGAGCUGAUGGCAGUGUGUGGCAGGUAGCAUCCAAGCUCAACUCCCUCCUGAGCAGUGAGAAUGAACGGCUUCAACGACUGGCAGAGGAUCUCAAGCAGAAGCACAGUCACAUGACCAGCGAAUCCCGGCCGCUGGGUCGUGCCGCCAACAAAGCCGACCAGCGCGUGGGUGAGCUGCAGACACGGAUUGAAGAGCUUCAGUGGGACAUGGAGAAGAUCCGCCGGCGUGAGAACAGGCUCAACGCACAUCUGAGCGAGAUACUGGAGAGGGUAAAAAGCAAAGGCUAUAAAGUUUGCGGGGAGGCCAGCAGUGUUUGUGGAACCAUCACCAUUAACAAGAGAAAGUUUGAGGAAAUGAACAGUGAGUUGGAGGAGAACACGGAGCUGGCAGAGAAUCGCCUCGUAGAGCUGCAGAAACUCCAGCAGGACCUGCAAAUUGUUCAGCACGAUAACAACAGCAUGAAGACGGAGCUGGUGAGUCGAGCCGAGGGCCUGGUCAAAGACACCUCUGAGUACCGCUGUCUGCAGUCACAGUUCUCUGUGCUCUACAAUGAGUCGCUGAUCCUCAAGAGUCAAUUAGAUGAGACACGUGCUCGCCUCAACACAACCAGGACGGCACGCCUUCGACAGCUGGAGCACAUGGAGAACGAUGAGGUGGCUCUGCAGAGGAAGGUUCGUACAGAGGUCUUUCAACUGGAAGACACACUGGCCCAGGUGAAGAAGGAGUACGAGAUGUUGCGCAUCGAAUUUGAACAGACUCUUGCUGCUAAUGAACAAGCAGCCUUGAAUACACUCUUUCUCUCAGGUCCUAUCAACAGGGAGAUGCGUCAUCUCAUAAGCACUCUGCAAACUCACAACCAACAGCUGAAGGGAGAGGUGGUGAAAUACAAGCUGAGACUUAGAGAGACACAAGCAGAGCUCAACCAGGUUCGAGCUUCCAAGGGCAACGCCAUUCUUCAGUCACAGUCAAGCACAGAGAUGGACUUAAAGGAUGAGACAACGUCUCCUUCAACCCUAGCUGUUUCUGGAGAACCUGUGGUCAAGACGGAGCCCGACACCGGCUCAUCCACGCCCAGCAGCACUGGUGCUUCAGUGAAAACAGAACCAGGUGUUGAACCAGAGGCAAGCAUUAAGGAAGAAGAGAAGGAGGAGAAGAAAGAAAAGGAGGAAAAGAAAGAAAAGGAGAUAAAGAAAGAGGAGAAGGAAAAGGAGAGAGAGAGGCCCACUCGAGGUGGUGGGAUCAGCGGCGGUGGCGUGAUAAAGGAGGAGAAGGAGAAGCCAGGGAGCAGCGGCCAGCCCGAGGAGUCGGCCGGGGAGCGGCUCUCCGUGGUCGGAGGGUCCAAGAGGAAGGAGAUCGAGCAGCUGAAGAUUGUUCGAGUGGAACUCAAGAAAGCCCAGGAAUCUCAGAGGGAGAUGAAGCUGCUGCUGGACAUGUACCGCUCAGCACCCAAGGAACAGAGGGACAAAGUCCAGCUCAUGGCUGCUGAGAAGAAAGCCAAGUCAGAGGGAGAGGAGCUGCGGCAGCGGCUGAGGGAGCUGGAGGAGAGAGAGAGGAGGGAGGGCAAAAAAAUGGCGGAUGAAGAGGCUCUCAGAAAGAUCCGAUCUGUGGAGGAACAGAUCGAUAUCCUCAACAAGAAGUUGUCCAUCGCCAAACAGGAGGAAGAUGCUCUGCUAAGCGAGAUGGAUGUGACAGGCCAGGCCUUCGAGGACAUGCAGGAACAGAACAUCCGCCUCAUGCAGCAGCUCCGAGAAAAAGACGACGCCAACUUCAAGCUCAUGAGUGAGAGAAUCAAGUCUAACCAGAUCCACAAGCUUCUGAAAGAGGAGAAGGAGGAGCUUGCAGACCAGCUGCUCACCCUUAAAACUCAGGUGGACGCGCAGCUGCAGGUGGUGAGGAAACUUGAGGAGAAGGAGCGCCUCCUGCAAGGCACCAUCAACGCUGCGGAACGAGAGCUGACGCUUCGAACGCAAGCCUUGGACAUGAACAAACGCAAGGCUCAGGAAUCUGCGCUGCUGUCAGAAGACUUGCGAACUCAGCUGGAGCAGGUUCAGCAGAGGCUCAAACUGGUCAGAGCGGAGGUCGUUGAAAACAGCAUCUCCAGGGAAAAGGAGUCCUUCAAUGCACAGCGAGCACAGGAGGACAUUUCCAAACUUCGGAGAAAGAUUGAAAAGGCCAAGAAACCAGCUGAGAAAAUCAGCAACGGAGACGACAUCCUGAACGAGGAAAUCAACGAAUACAAGGCUCGUCUAACCUGUCCGUGCUGCAACUCUCGGGUGAAGGAUGCCGUACUGACGAAGUGCUUCCACGUCUUCUGCUUCGAGUGCGUUAAAACCCGCUACGACACCCGCCAGAGGAAAUGCCCCAAGUGCAACGCUGCCUUUGGAGCAAACGACUUCCAUCGCAUUUACAUCGGCUAAAUUCACUGUCCAUCUCCACUUGGGUCGGCGAGAUGAGCUUCAGUACAAAUUCUGCCUGGAGCGAGAUAAAGCACAGCACUCACGCGCCCCCUCCCCCCUCGCUGGGUAUUGUCCGUGUGAAGUCACAAGAUGAUUUCCGUGCUGCUUUGAAUGGACCACUUGAAUUUUACAUUUUAAAAAUAAUGACUGAAGCUUCUCCCAUCCAUUAUCCACUACUCUGCUGAUAUUUCUGCUCAAGAAAAAAAUGGUUGCAACACUUACUGAAAGUUCUUGUGAGAUUGUGUGUACGUUUGAAAGCAGGCUCUUAAAGCUGUAUGUGAAGAAGAAAAAUAAAUACAUUGAGAAUAAAAUGCAUUCCUCCUAGAGCUGUGAAUGUUCAUGCAAUGUUAUCUUUGUAUGUAUGUCAUGUGGAUGUCUUUUCUUUUUGGUUCCAUUUGAAAUCUAGUUUUUCUUUAACGUUUCAUGGCUAGGUGCAGUAUAAUUGCAGUUAUCCAUGUUAUUAAACUAAUAUCAAAAAUG